AUGGCCUGGCAACAGAGCAACGAGACCCUCUUCGACACCGGUAAUUACGUGCUGAACGCUCUGAACUACAUUAACAAGCUGAACGAAUCGCUCAACACCGAGGCGAUCAAGUGUCUCGAGCUUCGGCAUCGGGAGGAACUGGAAUGGUUGUCCCUCGGGAGAGAGGGGGAGGAGGAGGCGGACCGACUUGGAUGCGAGAUCAACUGGGACUCUUUGCUCUGCUGGCCCAGAACGCCGCCGGGCAGGCUGGCCACGUUAUCGUGCCUCGAGGAACUGAACGGCAUCCGGUACGACAGCACCCAGAACGCGAGCCGUUGGUGCAGGCUCGACGGUACGUGGAGCAACUAUUCGAACUACAGCCUGUGCCGUGACGUACGCGAACCAGCGAUCGAAGGCGGAUCUGAGGUCGUCUCGACCACGAUCUAUUUCGUCGGCUACAGCCUCUCGCUGUUCACCCUAAUCGUCGCGGUCUCGAUAUUCCUCUACUGCAAGGAGCUGCGUUGCAUCAAGAACAACAUCCACACGAACCUGAUGUUCACCUACAUAUUGGCGGAUCUGAUGUGGAUUCUGAACAACGUGAUGCAGGUUUCCAUGCAACCCGACGUCCCGACCUGCCUCACUUUCCCCUAUGAAUUAUGUAUCGUACCCGAGUGAACGCGCCGUUCCGUUUCAGGGCUGUACCUGUUCCUGCUGGUCGUGAAAACCUUCACUGCGGACAACAUCAAACUGAGACUAUGCAUCGUCAUUGGCUGGGGUAUGCCAAUCCUGUUCAUCGCCGUCUGGGGUAUCGCGAAGUCACUCGACCAUAGUAUCAUGGCCCAGCCGAAUCAGGAAGUCGCACUCGGGAAGCAUUGUCCGUGGAUGGUAUCGCAUCCGUAUGACUGGUUCUAUCAGGCCCCGGCUAUGUUGGUGCUGUGCGUGAACGUCUUGUUCCUCUUCAUGAUAAUGUGGGUGCUGAUAACGAAGCUCUGGUCCGCGACGAACGCGGAGACGCAACAGUAUCGGAAGGCGAGCAAAGCGUUGCUGGUGCUUAUACCGUUACUCGGCGUAACUUACGUGCUGGUGCUGAUGGGACCCACGGAGGGUCAGGUUGCUAAUGCAUUCUCGUACACCCGCGCCGUAUUGCUUUCCUCUCAGGGCCUGUUCGUAGCGCUGUUCUAUUGCUUCCUGAACACCGAAGUUCAAAACGCAGUGAGACACCACAUUGUACGAUGGACCACAGAACGCGAUCUGGAUACCGAAAGAAGAUUAUACUGUCCACCGUCGAAUCCGUACAGAAAAAGAGAUUCCUCGGUGAGCGAAUCCACCACCACGACGGUGGUCGGUAUGAAUUCGACCACCACGUUCCUGGAUAAAUCGAAGAAAGCCAUCUCCGAGGAUUUGAACGAGUAAAACCGCCACACAGUUGGGCGUC